AUGCUCACCUUACGCGUAUGUGGCACAGCCUCAGUGGAGGUGAAGGAGCGCGUGGUUGAUGGUCUGCUAAGUGUAACGGGUCCACAGUUGUUCACAUACCCUCGUGAUGGUGAAAAGGGGGAACCCUCCGACGUAUUUCGUCUCUGUAUCGACCAAACGGCUGCCGGGUUGUACAUGAAGCGACAGUCUCCUGGAGAAGAAGAGGAAAUAUACGACUGCCGAUUUGUGUGGGGUGAGGAUAGCACGGUGGAAGAGGUCAUCACGGAGGUGACGUCGUUGGUCAGCCACCGGCAGUUCUCGUCGACUCGGGGGGCUGUCGAGCCUUCUGUAUCGUUUCUCAGUGUCAUUCGUGACGGUCUGGCGUCCGACGGGGGGCUCUUCACUCUGCGCAAGAUUCCACAGGUAACGGCUUCACAGCUCAAGUACCUCUGCACUGCCCCCAACCUCAGUUACGUGGAGGCGGCACGGUCCCUGUUGGAGCGGCUGACAGACAUGAGCUUGAAACCGCACAUCCUUUCCAAGCACAUCUUGGAGGCAUACGAUCCCUCACGGUGGAACGGGUUGAAGGAUGUGUGCCCUCUUACACCCAUACAUCCGCGUGCCACGUCGGUGGCGGAUGUGCCGGAGAACCACUCGGAUUGGCAUAACAUGUAUCUGCUUGAGUUGUAUCACGGGCCGACAGGGGCAUUCAAAGACUUCGCACUGCAGUUGUUUCCGCGCUACUUUGACACGGCGGUGGCGGCUGUCGCGAACCAGAAGGGCGGUGACAACAAUGGGUGUGGAGGUGGAGAGGUUGUGAGUUCCAGCACAGCCGCCGGCAAACCUCUGCAAUACAUGAUUCUAACAGCCACUUCGGGGGACACUGGGGUCGCAGCUAUCAGCGGAUUUGUUAACGCGAAGAGUCCUUGUCGUGUUAUGGUGUUUUACCCCCUCCGAGGCGUGUCUCCAGUGCAGAAGAUGCAUAUGAUUUCGUAUGACAACGGUACCACUGUUCGCGUCAUUGGUGUUGAAUCAGACUUUGAUUUUUGUCAGCAAAGCGUAAAGAAGUUGUUUGCCGACGAAAAGCUGGAGAGGGAAUUGGUUAAUGACGCUGGCGUGCGCCUCUCCUCCGCCAACAGCAUCAACUGGGGCCGACUGAUUCCUCAGGUUGUAUAUUAUUUCUGGGCAUACCGAAAGUGUAUACAGCAGAAUGGGGACAAGGUUACAGGGGCCCUUGCAUUUGGCGACAAGGUGGACUUUGUCGUGCCGAGUGGAAACUUCGGCAACAUUCUCGCCGCGUACGUGGCGAAGCUCAUGGGACUCCCCGUCGGCAAACUCAUCGUCGCCAGCAACACCAACGACGUUCUCUACGAGUUUGUAAGUACUGGCUGCUACGAUAUCAGCCACCGUCAUUUGGUACCUACCGCUUCUCCUUCAAUUGAUAUAUUGAAGGCGUCAAAUGUGGAGCGGUUUCUCUUUAUACUCUCUGACGGUGAUUCGAAGUAUGUUUCCGAGCAGAUGGGACGACUUGAGUUUGAAAAGAGGUUUGAGGUUUGCGGCAAGGUUCUGCAGAGAAUGCAGGAAACGUUUUGGUCAAGCAAAUGUAAUGAGUCCAAUUGCGCUGCGGCUAUAAAGAAAAUAUUUGACGCGACCGGUAAACUGUUGGACCCGCACACCGCUGUCGCCCUCCAUGCGGCUACGGAGUACCGACGGGAGCAUCCAGAGACCCGACGACCCCUCGUGAUCGCCAGCACUGCGCACUGGGCAAAGUUUCCUGCGGCGGUGCUUCAUGCUAUUCUCGGUGAGGACGCGGUUGGAGCUGAAGGUGUUGAGUCUGUAACUGACCCAGCAGAGAGUUGCAAGUAUCUCUAUGAGAAGGUGCUCGCACUAUGCCCUGGUGAAGCAGUGCAUCCGAGCCUGCGCGCGGUACUCGCUACUGUGGAAGCACGAUCCGGCUCUCUCAAACCGCGUGUAGCAACACGGGAUGUGUCUCUUCUGAGGAAGGAGGUAACUGGUUUUGUCGUUUGCACCAGUGAGGGCUCUUGCUGA